AUGUCGCGUAACUCGAGACUAUUCACUCACUUGCUUUGCACAACCCAUAUAUGCACACACUCCCACCGGACAACAGGCCAGUGCGCCGCAUCCUCGUUGCACAGAUUGAAUUUGGCGUGGCUGUUCAACACAUUGUUACUCGCUCCAUUGUUGAGGGUUGCAUCGAUAGCAAGAACCGUUGAAUUCUGCUGCCAGCCUAACGACACGGCGAUUGAGCCGUUCGAUUGA